CGCGACAGCGGGUGGGCAUUAUCGCGAAUCCUCAAUUUGAUAGUGAAUGUGAACAAACUAAAUCCCAUGCGCGCGGGAUGUUACUUCGAGGUGCCGCGAGAAAUAGCGACGAAACGAGCGGUAAUCAACGUUAGAACGAUGGACAAUGCGUGCUUCGCGUGGUCGGUGGUCGCCGCUCUGUACCCGGCUGAAAAGCAUGCGGAGCGAGAGCCAUCGUAUCCGCAUUAUACGACGGUGCUGAAUCUCGCGGGUAUCGAAUUUCCGAUUACGUUCAAAGACAUUCUGAAAUUCGAACGGUUGAACGCGGUGUCGAUCAAUGUAUACGGCAUCGAGAAUAAACAAGUUCUUCCUUUGCGGCUCACCAGUGACAGGAAGGACAAGCAUGUCAAUCUUCUGUACAUGCAAGAUCCACGCGACGACGGUGUCGGCCACUUUGCAUGGAUCAAGAACCUGUCGCAUCUCGUGAGCUCGCAACUAAGCAAAAAAAAGAACAAGAAAUAUUUCUGCGAUCGAUGCUUGCAUUACUUCGGCACGAAUGAGAAAUUGCAGUCGCACACAACGGACUGCCAGAAGAUCAACGAUUGCGCUAUUCGGCUGCCGAGCGAGGACGAAAAGUGGCUCCAAUUUGGGAACCAUUGCAACAAGGAGCGCGUCCCAUUCGUCGUUUACGCCGACCUGGAGUGCGUUUUACGGAAGACGGAACCCGACAGGGAAGAUGCGUCGUCGUACGCGUAUCAACGGCACGAGGUAUUCAGCAUAGGCUACUACGUGCGUUGCUCGUACGAUGACGCGUUAUCGUCGUAUCAGUUCCGUCGCGACAAAGAUUGUAUAGCGUGGUUUGCGCGACAACUCGACGAUUUGGCGCAUCGCGUGAAAAAUAUCGUAUCCUCCAACGUGCCCAUGGAACGUGCCGUUGUCGAAAGAACAAUGGGAGGCGUACCGUAG